GGGGAAAUGUACGGGCUGUUGUACGCGUUUCUUGUGGGACUGUGAAGGCUGAGGACCUACCGGCUGGCUGGCCCUUGCUUCGCGGAAUUAGGCAGCCGUGGCUGCCUGUUAGGGGAAGCGUAUCGGGUUCACCGUUCCUCCUACGGACUUUUUCUUACCACUGGAGCGGAGUAAGAGUGCUGCCAUGGCGGCCCCUGCUCAGCCCAAGAAAAUCGUGGCUCCUACUGUGUCCCAGAUCAACGCGGAGUUCGUAACCCAGUUAGCAUGUAAAUACUGGGCUCCGCAUAUCAAGAAAAAAUCACCUUUUGAUAUAAAGGUCAUUGAAGAUAUAUAUGAAAAAGAGAUUGUCAAAUCGAGGUUUGCCAUCAGAAAGAUAAUGCUCUUGGAAUUUAGCCAGUAUCUUGAAAAUUACCUCUGGAUGAAUUAUUCUCCAGAGGUGUCCAGCAAGGCCUACUUAAUGUCAAUCUGCUGUAUGGUGAAUGAGAAAUUCAGAGAAAAUGUCCCUGCAUGGGAGACUUUUAAGAAGAAGCCAGAUCACUUCCCAUUCUUUUUUAAGUGUAUCUUGAAAGCAGCAUUAGCUGAAACUGAUGGUGAAUUUUCACUCCAUGAACAGACGGUCUUACUGCUUUUUCUUGAUCAUUGCUUCAAUAGUUUGGAAGUAGACUUGAUACGGAGUCAAGUACAGCAGCUAAUCUCCCUCCCAAUGUGGAUGGGCUUACAGCCGGCACGAUUGGAAUUAGAAUUAAAAAAGACCCCUAAGCUAAGAAAAUUUUGGAACUUGAUUAAAAAGAAUGAUGAAAAGAUGGAUCCAGAAGCAAGAGAACAAGCCUACCAAGAAAGAAGAUUCCUUUCACAACUCAUCCAGAAGUUUAUCUCUGUGUUGAAAUCAGUGCCACCUUCUGAACCUGUCACUAUGGACAAAGUUCAUUACUGUGAAAGAUUCAUUGAACUUAUGAUUGAUCUGGAGGCCCUCCUCCCCACAAGGCGCUGGUUUAAUACCAUUCUGGAUGACUCCCACCUUUUGGUUCACUGUUACCUUUCCAAUCUUGUUCAUAGAGAAGAGGAUGGCCAUCUUUUUUCCCAGCUUUUGGACAUGCUUAAGUUCUAUACUGGUUUUGAGAUUAACGACCAGACUGGGAACGCUUUGACAGAGAAUGAGAUGACUACAAUUCACUAUGACAGAAUCACUUCUCUCCAGAGAGCUGCCUUUGCACAUUUCCCUGAACUCUAUGAUUUUGCACUCUCAAAUGUGGCAGAAGUAGAUACUCGGGAAUCUUUGGUCAAGUUUUUUGGACCACUUAGUUCAAAUACACUCCACCAGGUGGCAUCAUACCUCUGCUUGUUACCAACUCUUCCUAAAAAUGAAGACACAACUUUUGAUAAAGAAUUUCUUCUAGAAUUGCUGGUAUCUCGUCACGAACGUCGAAUUUCUCAGAUUCAGCAGUUGAACCAGAUGCCUUUGUAUCCAACUGAGAAAAUCAUUUGGGAUGAAAAUAUUGUCCCAACUGAAUACUAUUCUGGGGAAGGUUGUCUUGCUCUUCCCAAGUUGAAUUUGCAAUUUUUGACUCUCCAUGAUUACCUUCUAAGGAACUUUAAUCUCUUCCGCUUAGAAUCAACUUACGAAAUUAGGCAGGACAUCGAGGAUAGUGUCAGCAGAAUGAAGCCAUGGCAGUCUGAGUAUGGUGGUGUAGUGUUUGGUGGCUGGGCACGAAUGGCCCAGCCUAUUGUCGCUUUCACUGUGGUUGAGGUUGCCAAGCCCAACAUAGGUGAAAACUGGCCAACCCGAGUUCGUGCGGAUGUUACCAUCAAUCUGAAUGUCAGAGAUCAUAUCAAAGAUGAAUGGGAAGGUCUUCGUAAGCAUGAUGUCUGUUUUUUAAUUACCGUGCGUCCCACAAAACCGUAUGGUACUAAGUUUGACCGGAGGAGACCUUUUAUUGAGCAGAUUGGCCUGGUUUAUGUCAGAGGCUGUGAAAUCCAGGGCAUGCUAGAUGAUAAAGGGCGUGUCAUUGAAGACGGACCUGAGCCAAGACCCAAUCUUAGAGGAGAGUCAAGGACAUUUAGAGUGUUUUUGGAUCCAAACCAGUAUCAACAAGAUAUGACCAAUACUAUACAAAAUGGAGCAGAAGAUGUGUACGAAACUUUCAAUAUCAUAAUGAGGAGAAAGCCAAAGGAAAAUAACUUUAAGGCUGUGCUGGAGACCAUUCGGAACCUGAUGAAUACUGAUUGCGUGGUACCUGACUGGCUGCAUGACAUCAUUUUAGGUUAUGGGGAUCCAAGUAGUGCACAUUAUUCAAAAAUGCCCAAUCAGAUUGCCACUCUUGAUUUCAAUGAUACGUUUCUUUCCAUUGACCAUUUAAAAAGCAGCUUUCCUGGUCAUAAUGUCAAAGUAACUGUGGAUGACCCAGCUCUGCAGAUCCCGCCUUUCAGGAUAACCUUUCCAGUAAGGAGUGGAAAAGGAAAGAAAAGGAAAGAUACAGAUGGUGAAGAUGAAGACUCCGAAGAGGCAAAAACCUUAAUUGUUGAACCUCAUGUCAUUCCCAAUAGGGGCCCUUAUCCUUAUAACCAACCCAAACGUAAUACAAUUCAGUUCACUCACACACAGAUAGAGGCCAUCCGUGCUGGAAUGCAGCCUGGGCUAACUAUGGUUGUGGGUCCACCAGGUACUGGAAAAACAGAUGUGGCAGUCCAGAUCAUAUCCAACAUCUACCAUAAUUUCCCAGAGCAGAGGACUUUGAUUGUUACUCAUUCUAAUCAGGCCUUGAACCAGUUGUUUGAGAAGAUCAUGGCUCUAGACAUUGAUGAGCGCCACCUGCUGCGUCUUGGUCAUGGAGAAGAAGAGCUGGAGACAGAGAAGGAUUUCAGCAGGUAUGGAAGAGUUAAUUAUGUCCUGGCUCGAAGAAUAGAACUUUUAGAAGAAGUCAAACGCUUGCAAAAGAGUCUAGGGGUUCCAGGAGAUGCUUCAUAUACUUGUGAAACUGCAGGCUAUUUCUUCUUAUAUCAGGUCAUGUCUCGUUGGGAAGAAUAUAUCAGCAAAGUAAAAAAUAAAGGUAAUACACUGCCAGAUGUCACGGAAGUCUCCACUUUCUUCCCUUUUCAUGAAUACUUUGCAAAUGCCCCUCAACCCAUUUUUAAAGGCCGAUCUUAUGAAGAAGACAUGGAAAUUGCUGAAGGAUGUUUCAGGCACAUUAAGAAAAUCUUUACUCAGCUUGAGGAAUUCAGAGCUUCCGAACUGCUUCGAAGUGGACUGGACAGAUCUAAAUACCUUUUGGUGAAAGAAGCCAAAAUCAUUGCUAUGACCUGUACUCAUGCUGCCUUAAAACGACAUGAUUUAGUCAAGCUAGGUUUCAAGUAUGACAACAUUUUAAUGGAAGAGGCUGCGCAGAUUCUGGAGAUAGAAACUUUUAUACCUCUUCUUCUACAGAAUCCUCAAGAUGGUUUUAGCCGACUGAAACGCUGGAUUAUGAUUGGUGAUCAUCAUCAGUUACCUCCAGUCAUUAAGAAUAUGGCCUUUCAGAAGUAUUCAAAUAUGGAGCAGUCUCUGUUCACUCGCUUUGUCCGUGUUGGAGUUCCUACUGUGGACCUUGAUGCUCAAGGGCGAGCCAGAGCAAGCUUGUGUAACCUCUACAACUGGCGAUACAAGAAUCUGGGAAACUUACCCCACGUACAGCUCUUGCCGGAGUUUAGUACAGCAAAUGCCGGCUUGCUUUAUGACUUCCAGCUCAUCAAUGUGGAAGAUUUUCAAGGAGUGGGAGAGUCUGAACCUAAUCCUUAUUUUUAUCAGAAUCUUGGAGAAGCAGAAUAUGUAGUGGCACUUUUUAUGUACAUGUGUUUACUUGGUUACCCUGCUGACAAGAUCAGUAUUCUAACAACAUAUAAUGGGCAAAAGCAUCUUAUUCGUGACAUCAUCAAUAGACGAUGUGGAAGCAAUCCAUUGAUUGGAAGACCAAAUAAGGUGACAACUGUUGACAGAUUUCAAGGUCAACAGAAUGAUUAUAUUCUUCUUUCUCUAGUACGAACCAGGGCAGUGGGCCAUCUGAGGGAUGUCCGUCGCUUGGUGGUGGCCAUGUCUAGAGCCAGACUUGGAUUGUAUAUCUUCGCAAGAGUAUCCCUCUUCCAAAACUGUUUUGAGCUAACGCCAGCUUUUAGCCAGCUCACUGCCCGUCCACUUCAUUUGCAUAUAAUUCCAACAGAACCUUUCCCAACCAGUAGAAAGAAUGGAGAGAGGCCAUCUCAUGAAGUACAGAUAAUAAAGAAUAUGCCCCAGAUGGCAAACUUUGUAUAUAACAUGUACAUGCAUUUGAUACAGACCACACAUCAUUAUCAUCAGACUUUAUUACAGCUACCACCUGCUAUGGUUGAAGAAGCUGAGGAAGUUCAAAGUCAGGAAACAGAACUAGAAAUAGAAGAAGAGGCCAAUCCUCCCCAGGCUGAUCUGUCCAGUCUCACAGAUGCCAGCUCCAGUCAAGAAUCCUCAGCCUCUCAGACGGGGACCACCCCCGAUCACACAGGAGCUAGUUCCAAUCCAGAAGCUGUCCCUCCUGUGUCUGAUACCACUGUUUCUAUGGCAGGACCUGCAGCUGUACCAGCAGAGGCUAACGCCCCCCAGCAUGUCACACCUGCCUCAGAAGAGACCAAGUAGCCCAACUGUAGCCUUUCUUAGGGAUGACAUUUCAUUCAUAAAGUCUAAGUAAAGCUGCUUUUUGUAUUUUAUAUUUGCUUCUGCUAUUUUAAGGGUACUAAUUAAUGUUAAGUCCUUUUUUUUGUUAAUUGAUCUCCGUGCUUGUCUUCUUGGAUAUGUUUAAAAGAAAAUUGUAUGUGUAUGAGCAACUUCAGUUUCAUUUCUUCAGUCAGAAGGGCAAAUAGCCAUUCCUUUGAUAUUUUUAUAAUUAACCAAAUAUAUCUUAUUCAUACCUACAUUAAAAGAAUUUGCUAUAGAAUAUAUAAGACAUACUUUACAUUUUCAGUGAACUUCUCUAAAGAAGGGGAUCAAAUACACUGAAAUCAACCAUAAGCACCCUUAAGAAAGUGUUCAAAUUGGGGAGGAAGUUAUUUCUUCUGUUAUAGUAUCAGAUACUCAAAUUGUGAUUCCUUUUUUCUUACCUUUCUUGGCUGUCUUCUUGAUGUAAAGGCAUUAAUAGCCAUAGAUAGGUCUAGAUUUCUCUGAUCACAGAGGCUACAUGUAUUUCCUGCCCCAAAGUCUCAUAAUGUAUUGGAACCACCUAGAGUGUCUGUUCAUUCUUGGGGCCACUCUUGACCUGAUAAAUCUGAAUCUCAGGGUUAGGACUGGGUAUUUGUAUUUUAGCAAGUGUUCCUAAUGUUUGAGUUGCUGGCAGAGUGGCAUCAAAUCAAGCUGGUAAGGCUGAGCCAGGGUAUGUCAUUCAGCUGAGCAAGAAGAUCCGGCAAAUCCAUCUGGGCAGGAAGAAAGAUCCAGAGUCUGGGCAGUGAAAGUCACUGAACCCAAUUCCCCUAUAUAGGAUAGAAUUCUCACAAUGCAGAGGUUCUGAAUCUUCUGCCCUGUUUAGUUUUCUUGGUAGAUAACCAGACACAAGGAGACCUUAAGGUAUAAUGUGCUCUAGAUUUGGGAGGGCAGAGUAGGACCUUGCUACUCAAGUGUGAUUUGCAAACUAGAAGUAUCAGCAUCCACUGAACCUUGUUAAAAUUGCAGCAGUGUGGACUCUACCCCAGAUCUAUUAAAUGUGAAUCAGCAUUUCAGCAAAGUGUCCAGGGGAUUUAUAUGCGCUUUGUAGUUUGAGAAGCAUUGUUCUGAGGUUACUAUACUGUCCUCAAUGUGAAUGAAAAGUAGAGUAGAUUCUGUGAUGGUAAAAUUAAUAGUGUGACUGAUGUUUUCUGACAUGGGACCUCUGCUUAUGAAGUUUCCUGGGCGUGGUGGCCAGAAGAGAGAUGAAUAAGGUAGGGAGAACUUGCCCACUACUUCUCUUCCCCAUUUAGAUGUCUGCUAGAGUGGCUAAUGGGGAGCAUUUCCCCCAUAGUGUCCCCUCUGGUGCAUCUACCUAAAGGUUUGACCAUGUACAAAGAACCUUUGAGGAAAUAGGCAAGAACCGCACACUGCCACUGAAAUGCUUCUAAUCCUGACAUAUUGAAGGAAUGAACUCUUAUAAAGAAAUUAAACCAAGAAAGUCAAGUUAA